AUGUCAGAUAGCGUUGACCGUGUGUUUGUGAAAGCAAUUGCAACUAUUAGAGCGUUAUCGUCUCGCUCAAACUAUGGAUCAUUACCCCGACCUCCAGCUGAAAAUAGAAUCAAAUUAUAUGGAUUAUACAAACAAGCAACAGAAGGUGAUGUGGAUGGAGUUAUGCCUCGUCCAGUUGGAUUUACAGCAGAAGAUGAAGGUGCCAAAAAGAAAUGGGAUGCAUGGAAACGUGAACAAGGGUUGAGCAAAACUGAGGCGAAAAAGAGGUAUGUUUCAUAUCUUAUUGAAACCAUGAGAGUUUAUGCCAGUGGAACUCUGGAAGCACGAGAAUUAUUAAAUGAAUUGGAAUAUUUAUGGGAACAGAUUAAAGAUUUACCUAGUAGUGAUGAAGAAACUGACCAUCAUCAUAUACCGUUACCUUCAAGAUCCCCCACAUUUAGUCAAACUGACAGAUUUUCCAAUAGAACCCCUAGUAUAACUGGAGCAAGAACUACUGGCACUAGCAAUUUGAAUAACAUCUAUUCCCACUCGAGGAGAAAUACUACAUUAUCUUUGAACGAAUAUGUCCAACAACAAAGAAUGCAACACCAAAAUCAGCAACAGCUACAUGAUACUACGUCUCAACCAGGAGCUCCUGUUGGAGGCGGCGGCGGUGGGGGCGGGUCUAUAUAUUCAUUACCUGGAAGAAUGGGAGCUAACAAUGUUAUUGAGGAUUUCAAAAAUUGGCAAAGUGAAGUUAAUAUGGUCAUAAACAAGUUAACAAGAGAGUUUGUCAACUCUAGACGAGAAGUUCAAGGGAAUGAAAAUGGCGAUCCAUCUACAGGAGAUAGAGAUGAAGAAUUGGAUGAUGUUGAGAUCAUCAAACGAAGAAUAAUUCAUAUUUUGAAAUUUGUGGGUUGGAAUGCGUUGAAAUUUCUUAAGAAUUUCGCAGUUAGUUUAAUUACGUUUAUGUUCAUUGUUUGGUGUAUUAAAAAGAAUGUUCAUGUGGAAAGAACAUACGUGAAACAACCAACAAAUAAUGCUAAUAAACUGAAAAAGGAAUUAAUUAUUAACAUGGUUUUAAAUACCGAUGAAAAUAAAUGGUUCAUUAGAUUAUUAGGUUUUAUUAAUAGAUUUAUUGGUUUUGUCUAA